AUGUUCUCUGCAGGAACAAUCUCCACGGCAGCCCCAGUGACCAGUUCUACACCCUAUUCCUUCAAACCCAAAAAGGAACACUUAAUCCUGGCCUUUUUUGCUGGGGUCCUGCUGACACUGCUCCUUGGGAUCCUUACUCUCCUCAUCAAGAGCUGCAGAAAAUGUAACUCCAGUGCCCAGACCCGGUACCCUCACUCAGAGCCUCCCACCAAGCUGUCAUCUAUAUCAAAGGAGUCGCUCACAUAUGCCAGCAUGACUUUCAAGUCCUCAGAAGAAAACAGCAAGGACUUGACUAGAAACCACUCCUCAGGCUUGGACCCCACUGUCUAUUCUCAGAUUAAAGUGACAGACCCAUAGCUGCCUCUCCAAUGAGGCAGAAUGCAGGACCUCAGCUCAGCUCCUUCGACAUGCUGCUUUCUGGUUUUGUUCCGUAUGUUUGCUUUUGCUGUUUUCCACAAACUUGCGACCACAGUCUAUAUAAAGUUGCCACUGGAGUGA